ACCGGAUGCCCGUUGUACUUGUACUAGCUACCUCCGGUCCGGUCGCUGUGUCUCAAUGUGGCAUACAGAAUAAACAAAGAAAUACUGUAUCCAAGGCUUUGAAUGUGUUCCCGAUGUAUCACACAUAGGAUCUGAUCAUGAAUUGAAAAAAAAAAAAGUUAUUCCAGGAAAUUUGAACGGAACAUGGACAACGGGCUCUCCAAGCCAUCCCGGCCCAGGGAGCUCCCGCCUGUGCCUCAGCAAGGACAAAGGUCUGUUCCCACUGGGCCAAGUGGAGAUUCAGCUGAAGUGCCCAAGCAGAAGAAGAAGAGGGCGAGAAAAGAGGCAAAUGGAGCAACUUAUGCAGACGAUCAGGAAAUGGAGAUGGAAGGCCAAGGCAGCAGAAGGGCUUCUGAGAUUGGUGACCAUCUUUCAUUUGAAGCGAUGACAGAUGCACCCCCUCAGAGGAAGAGGAAGAAGAAAAAAACUGCAACUCUAGAUGACCAAGCGGACCUGGUGAAUGGAGAUGCAGUGGAUCAGACCACCGAUGAAGAACUUGUGAAGAAAAACAAAAGGAAGAAGAAGUCGAAAGUUUUGGAAUCAUACAUCCCUGAUGAAUUGGACAUAGAAGAGGAUGACGUUAUCACAGACAUUCCUUCUCACAUACCACAGCAUUCCCUGUUCUCUGCCCCACAAGGACAGAGUCAUCCCGUUGGAAAGGUCUUUGUAGAGCGGAACAAGCGCUUCCACGCAGCAGAGCGGUCAGACUGGAGGAAGACGAGUGACCAGAGGGAAAAUCUGAAUGAAUUCCAUCCCAUGCAAGCUCCCUGGACCACCAGAGAUGUUUCUAUCAGUGUGCACAAGAACUUCAGGAUUUUCGCUCUCUACUGUCAUGGCUUCCUGGCAGGAUUUGCAGUGUGGAACAUAGUUGUGGUGUUUGUGUUAGCUGGGCAACACCUCACAGCGUUGUCCAACCUGCUGGAGCAAUACCACAGCUUGGCUUACCCAGCGCAGUCUCUGCUUUACAUGCUGCUGGCCAUCAGCACCGUAGCUGCUUUUGACAGAGUAAACCUGGCAAAGAGCUCCAUGGCGCUGCAGGAGCUGGCCACACUGGACCCAGUGGCUCUCGCCUCAUUCUUGUAUUUCUCGGCAUUGGUGCUCUCCCUCAGCCAGCAGAUGACGAGUGAUCGCAUCCACCUCUACCCAGACACCAAUGCAACAUUAUGGCGACCAGAGCCCGAGCAUCAACUUCUCCACUCUUGGGUGACAGUCAACCUUGUGGUGGCGCUGUUGGUGGGCCUGGCCUGGUUCUUCAUCUCCAUCCGACCUGAGACGGACUACACUGAAAACUAUCUGAUUGCCAUGCAAAUUGAGCCCACCAAGAUAGACAACAAAUCUGAAAUGAGCGCCUGACUAUCACAGACUGAUACUGUACAAAUAAAUCUUUUUUUGUGUGUGUUCUUGCUUUGUAACUGUGUAUCUUUUGAAUACACUGCACAGUUUUCUCCAUCAAAUGUUUUUGAAUUCAAUGGGUAGGAUUAAAUGUUUUUACCUCA